AUGACUACCCCGGUAGGUAACAUGCAAGGCCAGGAUGUCAAGUUCUUCGUUUUUGGACAAGCCAUUGCUCAAAGAAAGGCCAAUACUUGCUCUGGUGCCAGCGAUGAAUUCGCCAGGGGUAAAGAAAGAAGCUAUGUCGCGUCCCUGGAAGGCUAUUGCGAGAGGCUUGAGAGCAGAAUCGCGGAACUUCGUCGCCGCAAAGGCCAGUUGCACGCUGACGAAUCAGGUUUCGUGCGGGAAAGCUCAAUAACCGCAGCCUCACCCCCCGAUUCCCAUGGACAGGUGCAUCGGAAGGAAGUUUCUGAUAUUGAUGACCUUGUGGGAGACUUUGGAUUUCUGUCUGUCAACGCGACUUCAAGAGAUUUCCAUGGAAUACAGUCCAAUACCUCGUUUGCAAAUCUUCUCUUAUCACUUUCUGUUGCCGAGCCUAUCCCGAAACGGUCAGCAAAAGCACUUCCCGCGCGCCACGAAAUCACCACGCUUUUACAACAUUACUUUGACACUUUCUUCACUCAAUUGCCCUUUUUCGUUGAGACGAGCUUUUGGACCUCGGUGGAUAUGGUGUACCAGGCCAACGGCCGCUUCGCUAAGCCCUUUGAUCAUUGGUUUCUGCGCAUGAUAUUGGCCACCACGUACGCUUCCAUAUCUUACCAAUUUGGUGACCAGAAUCACCAAUACGCUUUGUCAUUCGCUUCCUCGGCCUUGGAUUAUGCUGAAGAUGUGCUCCAACCAGGAUCCAUAGCUGGUAUUCAGGCAAUAAUGCUACUUGCGCAGUAUUCUCUCGUCGACCCUAAGCAUUUUCGCUCUUGGUACCUUGUGGGAAUGGCUGCGCGAGCUCUGGUUGAUCUGGGCUUACAUCAAGACCCCCCUUCGGAUGUUCCAUCCACCGAUGAGCAGCUAGAUCUCCGCCGAAGGGUAUGCCACAGUGUUUAUUGCUUAGACAGAUGCGUCAGUGCUGCUUUAGAACGGACCUUUUCGUUUUCUGACGACUCUGUCAAUGUUGCUUUGCCUGCUGCCGGAUCCGGGUUGACAGAACCGAGCCUUAUCUUUUUACACAGUUCGGAGCCCGCAUGGCACCUGAUCAAAAUCCGGCGGAUCCUGUCGGCAGGCUAUCAGAGAAAAUAUUUUAACGCAUCUGAUCUACUUUCCCAGACGGUAGUAUCCAAUUGGACACUGUACGCGGAGGCCAGCGAGUGGUUUGAUCACCCUCCUAAGGCUGUCCCACAGUAUUUCCCUAUGCUAUAUAAAUUGGAGCUGCUAUACACCACGGUCAUGAUUCUGUCGCCGACUUGUCAAUAUUGUAAUUUGUGUGAUUAUGACAAGGUCCUGUUGUUUGAUCGAUGCAUGCAGUACAUAGCCGAAUUCCACCGGAUUCUGAAGGACGACAGGUGGCUGCCGUUUAUGACAUUCCUUGACAUCCAACGGGUAUACCAGGUGAGCGUACGGUUCACCGACGUCGUUGCUCGCGAUUUUGAUCUCGUUCUGAGCUCAACUGUGCCGGCGCUGCCUCCCCUUCCCUAUAAUGCUCUUGUACCGCCGAUUUUGGACGCUGAGAACACUCUCAACAGCCAUGCACGUGCGAUUGAAUGCUUGAUUCAGAUCCAAGUCAUUCUCCAAUUUGGCGUGAGGAAGUGGAGGCUUGACGGACUGCUUGACGGUUUCCAGCAACACUCGGCAUGCGUUCGGGGACAACUCAUGCAGCCCUCAGUCGCUUACUUUCCGGGGUCGGGAGCGCACGUCGCCGGACAACUGCCUCCUGCAGGGGUUGUAUACCCUGGGGUCCAACCAAUAUAG